AUGGCUUUCACUACAGCCACAGGCGCGGGGAACGCCGUCUAUCCCGGUGUCAUCUGGGCAGAGUCGGACGACCUCGCGUGGAUCGAUCGCCAAACGGCUGUCGACGCGUUGCCUACCAAGGACAGGCUUAAUCUAGCAUGGUACAACUACUGCACGUUCGAGAUAUGGUUUGAUAGCGGCUGUGACAAAGGCCUCAGCCCGACUAAGCAGAGAGAGGUCCUGACGUACCUUGAUAAGGUAUUCGGACACCUACUGUGUACAUGUCCCGUUCCAGCGGAGAGUAUGGACGCGGAUAUGAAGGAGCAGUUCACGGAUGUGGAACUCUAUAUCUCGCUUAUCGCCAAACUCACCGGGCUGAGGGAUCCGCUGACCGCGGGCGAGGCUCUCGAUCUGCGCUAG